CUGGAUGCUUAUUCGCCCUAACGGGGAUUCGACACGACACCGGAACCAUACGCGUGACCGGUUUCAGGAGGACUUUACUGUGUGGACACCGAUGUUUAACCUUCUUAAUACGCGCUUCCUGUGUGGGUGAGUGUAGCGCCUUAUCAAACUUAGAAGAUUGCCCGCGACAGUUUUUAUGAUUCUCGUUGUAAUGGCGAAGAUAUGGUCACUUGGAUUUUCUGCUCGUCUGCUAACACGGUGUGUUUGCCCUGUGCUGUCUCAGACAGGUUUUCGGUCAGUGUUACCGCUUCGCGCACAUAUCUCGAGCGCCAGCAAUGCCACACUACUCCAACCUCAAUAUGCCCAGCUCAACUCUAAUAGGACAUCAGUGGUGCGCUGUGGCCGGGAGCGAUAUGAGAGAUUGUAUCCAGUGAUGUUACUCCGGCCUGAUGGAUCUACAGUCAAUCUCAGAUACAAAGAACCAAGGCGUAUCCUUAUGAUGCCAGUUAGUGUCUCUACACUGUCUGAAGAGGAGCGUAGGGCUCGGCAGAAAAAGAGAGAAGUAAAGAAGACAAGAGGAGAAACAGCAGUCCAGUAUGAAGAUGACUUCAGAGCAGAAAAAUACAGCCACUUCUGGAAUAAGUGAAGCACUAAAAACAUCAGUAUAAAUCGAACUUGUACAAGCUUUCUUAAUCUAUAGACAAUAUUCUUUUACCUAGAACAAGCAAUCCCUUUCUAAAAUUAAGUAUUUGAAACUAACAAUACUAAAGUAAUCAUUUGAUUGAUUGAUCUGUGUUAUUCAGUUUAAUUUUUAUAAAACACACAGGUCAAAAGUUUUCUAUAAAUAAAGAUAAUGUAAACACAAUAGACAGAGAGGUUAUUUGCAGAAAGAGUUAAUUGUGCAAAUGCAAACCCCUCCCUCAUAGAGGUGGUCACCUCAGACACAGCCCUUCCUCCUAUGUAUUAUGCUUCUUUUUUAUUGACCCUUAGAAAGCUAUUUCCGGCGUUCCUAUGAAGGACAUACUUCACGACCCUGUGAUCAUGGUAAAAUUGUUUAAAACAUGUGACUUAAAUUCUCUCUUCCUAUGUUAAGAAUAAAAUGAGCCUGGAGGGUGAAGACUGAAGAAGCUAGUUGCAUGAGUAGUGAAACAUUUAGCCCUUGCGCUAAUAUUGUUUAUUCCUAUAUUUGUUUUCUGAAAACAAUGUUAUCUGUACCCUAAGCUCAUUGACUGAUCUAGCCCAAAAAAACAUUUUACUGAAUGAAAGGGAGGUCAUUAGCUUGAGAGAACAGAAAUAAGUGAUAGUGAGAUAAAAGGAAAUUUGUGAAGGAAUUAAAUUGGGGAGCUCAUAUGGUGCCAGAAUAAAAGACUGAUUGCUUGA